GGGUCACUCUGUGUACACAGGAAAAAAAGGUGUGGUCUUAGCUGUUGAAAUGUGACAGAGAGUGAACAAAGAAGUGGACACUUAGAUGGAACUCUAAAGGAAUUUUUAGGAUUUUUUGAUUAGGAAGAAUAUAGUGACAAACUUAAGUCAGCCAGCCUACACUCAGGUUUAAUAAAGUCACUCUAAAAAACUAAGAUCAGUUUCAACAUGAAUAAUAAUAAUCAGACAAUCCACCCUGUCUAUGACAACAGAGGGUUUCAGCAUGAGGAGGAAAGACCUCCUCCACACAACCCUCAGCAUCUAUACCCUGUCAUCCCACAGAUGACCCCCAACCACAUUGUUGGCGCUUCCCAAGUUAUCAGCACCCACUACACACAAACACCUGGAUCCCCACAUUUUCCACAACAAAAGAAAGGAACAAGGAAAUGUCAUUGGAAAUACAUCCUCAGUGCAUGUUUGUGUGUGGCUGUCGUCCUGGCAGUGGGUGCGCUCUUACUCUGGUACUUCUUAUUCUACAGAUGUUUACUGGGGAGGUCAUGUGGAUCUGGAGGGAAAUGUCUGAGCCUGUCUCGAUGGUGUGAUGGGGUCCGGGACUGCUCGCGUGGAGAGGAUGAAUCUCAGUGCUUUCGCCUCCAUGGAAGGAGCUUCAUGCUGGAGAGUUACUCAGCGAACCACCAGGCGUGGAUGCCUGUGUGUGCUGACAGUUGGAAUGACAACUAUGGGAAAACUGUGUGUGAGCAGCUAGGCUACAAUAGACAGGAUUAUGUCAGCUCAACCCAAGCCAGUCCUAGUCCUGUGGCCUUGAAUGGAUACAUGAAGCUGAAGGCUGGGAGUUACCCAGCAUCACUGCUGCAGUCACAGCUUACUCACAGCUUGUACUGCUCAACCAGAGCAGUUGGACUUCAGUGCAUUGGAUGUGGCAGGAGUUCUGCAGGUCCGAGCAGUCGUAUUGUGGGUGGUACAGAGGCUGUGAACGGAGCCUGGCCAUGGCAGGUCAGUCUCCAGAUUAACUUCAGGCAUGUGUGUGGAGGCUCCAUCAUCAAUCCAUACUGGGUCCUGUCUGCAGCACAUUGCUUCGAAAGGUAUCAGAGUCCUGGAGUGUGGAGGGUAUUUUAUGGUGACGUGAGAUUGUCACGAAUGACUUCCAGGAGAGAGGUUGACAAGAUCAUCCGUCAUGAAGACUAUGACCCACAAACUAAUGACAAUGACGUCGCUCUGGUGAAACUCCGGACACCUCUGACUUUUACAGAAACUGUGAGGCCCGUGUGUCUCCCCAGUGCUGGAAUCUAUAUUUCUGCUGGAAGUCAAGCCUGGAUUACAGGAUGGGGAACCUUGCGCUCAUCUGGGCCAACACCUGACAUAUUAAAUCAAGCCCAGGUGACCAUUUACAGCCGAGACACCUGUAAUGCAGGUCAUGUGCUGAAUGGGAAAGUCACUGAGACCAUGUUAUGUGCAGGCAGUCUGCAAGGAGGGAUCGACACUUGCCAGGGUGACAGUGGAGGGCCCCUGGUGGUCAAAACAAGAGGUGUAUGGUGGCUGGUAGGAGACACUAGUUGGGGGAUUGGAUGUGCUUUGAAGAACAAACCGGGGGUGUAUGGCAAUGUUACCUACUUUAUUGACUGGAUAUAUGAAGAAAUGCAGAGCAAGUGAUGGAGUCCUUGACGUUUUACUUGCACUUUGGAUAUGAAACUUUGAGAAAAUUCAUCCAUCAAGAAGAUUUUCCAACACAAAGUUUGCAUUUACAGGAAAUCUUUUUAUUUAUUUGCUCAAAUAUUAUAUAUUAUAUUAACACAAAAUAUGAGUGGAGUUUUCCUUUUGGAAGCUGCGUGACAAAAAGAAACACUUUCCCCGGGUGUAUUUCCACGUGUAUUAAAAUCACUGCAACACACUUCCAAGCACUUUCUGUGAGACGACUGCCUUCAUAGUCAGUUUGAAAUUUCUUACACACAUUUAAAAAUAUUUAAAAAUAUGUUUUUGUACUUUUUUGUCUCCACUACCUGAAUAAAACUCACACCACAUUAA